UGUAAGAUUAGAUUGACACAACUCACCAAUCUCGGGGAUUAACAACUACUUAUUACCAAUCUCGGAGAUUAACUACGACUUUCGAGAAAGAGGGAGAGGGUUUAUAAAACAAAAAAUGUGAUUUCCCGCCCAUAUGAAUCAUUUGAUCUUCUUCAUAUUUCUUUAGAACCCUAAACAUCCACCUGUAUUCUAAAAUUCAUGCAGUGGUUGCAAAGAAAUCGGUUCAUCUGUUAUACCCAGAUUUCAUUACUCCCCAACUCUUUUGCCUCUUUCUCAUCCUAUAAUCAUUCAAUUAAAGGUCGUAAAAAUUACCAUAUUCAUUAUCUUUCUCCUCUGAAAAACUUCCCUUCGUCGCAAUUUGUUACCCAGCAAAUCCACUCUCAAUUAACAACCAAUGGCUCGUUGAGUCAAUCCCCAAAUACCCAGACCAUAAUUCUGUUCAACACCCUUUUAAGACGCUACGCCGUUGGUGAAUUUCCACAUGAAGCUCUGUUUCUGUACAAACAAGCACAACAAUCAACUGCAUUGUAUCAAUACUUUGAUAGUUUUACGUACUCGUUUCUCAUCAAAGCAUGUGGCAAUUUGAAUCAACGAAUUACGGGUUUUCAACUCCAUGCUCUUGUUGUGCAAUUGGGGUUCGAGUCGGAUGUUUAUGCGCAGACUGCAUUGCUGAACAUGUACCUAGAUUUUGGUUUGUUGAAUGAUGCAGAGAAGGUGUUUGAUGAAAUGCCUGACAGAAAUUUGGUUACUUGGAAUGUGAUGAUUACUGGGUUGGUUAAAUGGGGUCACCUUGAGGCUGCUCUUGCUUUGUUUAGGCAAAUGCCUAGAAAGAAUGUUGUUUCUUGGACUGGUAUGAUUGAUGGGUUUACGCGAAUGAAGAAUCAUCUUGGAGCUUUUUCGUUGUUUCGGGAAAUGAUUAUGGUUGGAGGCAUUAUGCCUACUGAAGUAACAUUGUUAGCCGUUUCUACUGCUAUUGCUGAACUUGGGGAUCUAAAAAAUUGCCGAUUAUUUCACUCCUUCAGCGAAAAAAGUGGCUUCAGAGCAAAUUAUAAUCAGGUCACAAACUGUCUUCUUGAUACUUACGCCAAAUGUGGGUGUAUUGAAAGUGCAUUGAGGGUAUUCGAGGAGAUGUUUGCGUGUAGAAGAAAUGUCGUGUCUUGGACAUCGAUAAUAUCUGGGUUUGCUAUGCAUGGCAUGGCAAUAGAAGCUGAACAGUUCCUAGAAAGAAUGGAGGGUUCAGGGAUUAGACCAAACCGAAUUAGUUUCUUGAGUGUUCUCAAUGCUUACAGCAGUGGAUUGGUAGAGGAGGGGAUCCGGUUCUUUAGAAAAAUGGUUGAUAAUGGCUUUGUUGCAGCAGACGUAAAGCAUUAUGGGUGUGUGAUUGAUAUGUUGGGACGAGCAGGCAAGCUAAAAGAAGCAGAAGAAAUUGCCUGGCAGAUUCCUAAUGACAUUGAUGAUGUUGUGAUUUGGCGCACUCUUUUAGGUGCUUGCAACUUCCAUGGUGAUGUUGAGAUAGCUGAGCGUGUAUCAAAGAAGCUGCAGGAUAUGGAGAGAGAAUAUGGAGGAGACUACGUUUUGAUGUCGAACAUAUUGACAGGUCAGGGAAAGUUCAAUGAAGCUCAGAACAUAAGGACACUGAUGGAUAAAAGGCAGGUUCUAAAAAUUGCAGGCCAUAGUUCAGUCUGAGCUUACAACUGCAGCUUAUUGUGUCACAAUAAACCAGGCAGCAGAGCACACACUAGCGAAAUUCCCUUUUGCAGUAUCAUUUCAAAUGAGGAGAUAACACUGGCACACUGCUGCAGCAGGAAAAUUUUGUUAUGUUGCCUAGCAGUCUGUAAU